AUAAAGUGUCAAAGUUGAUCUACAGUUGGAUCAGCGUUACCCAUUCCCUGCUUGUGUGGGCAGCACCUACAGCAGAGAGGGGCAGCAUCAAUCAGAAAUGAUCCAGGCAGUCCCUGAGCCUUUCCUCCAGGACUGUGGGGGAGAGGCAGAAAGGAAAAAGCUCCCAAGCAUCAAGAGCUUUCCAGCCACAUGUGCGUAAAAAUCUCUUCCCGUGCCACGUGACCGAGGAAGAGGCACAGAUCCAUUACACAAUAAUAAAAAUAUUCCUUUGGCAACGUGGAGCCAAAGUGGAGCUGCUGCAGGAAACUCAAACUACGCACCAGAAGGAGUAAAGCAGGAGUAAAAAGGACCCAAGUCAAUCCUGCCCAGCACUCCCAGGACCUGCUGUGGCAGGACAGGGCUGGGGAUCUGCAGCAAAACAUCUGCCUGAAGCCCUGGGGGCUGCCAGCCCCUGUCAGGACCUCGCUGGGGAGACCAGGCUGGCUGUGCCAUGAUCUCCGCCGCGCUGCUGCUCUGGACCGUGCCCUGCGUGGCCAACCACAUCCUGGGCGGCUCGGGGCGGGAGCUGCAGGAGGGCGCCCAGCUGGCCUGCAGCCUGCCCGGGCCCCCCGGGCCCCCCGGGCCCCCCGGCCCGCCCGGCACCCCCGGCACCGUGGGCAGGAUGGGCUUCCCGGGCAAGGACGGCAAGGACGGCCAGGACGGCGACAAGGGCGAGCACGGCGAGGAAGGUCCCCAGGGCAAAACAGGAAACCCUGGCAAGCCAGGCCCGAAGGGGAAAACAGGAGCCCUUGGCAAGGCAGGGCCCCGGGGGCCCAAGGGAUUAAAGGGCAAUCCCGGGAAAAUCGGGGCCCCGGGGAAGAAAGGGCCCAAAGGGAGCCAGGGUGAGCCUGGGCUGCCAGGACCCUGCAGCUGCAGUGGCAGCAGGGCCAAGUCUGCCUUUUCUGUGGCAGUGUCCAAGAGCUACCCCAGGGAGAGGCUGCCCAUCAAGUUUGACAGGAUCCUGAUGAAUGAGGGAGGCCAUUACAACGCUUCCAGUGGCAAGUUCAUCUGCAGCAUCCCAGGGAUUUACUACUUCACCUACGACAUCACCUUGGCCAACAAGCACCUGGCCAUUGGGCUGGUGCACAAUGGCCAGUACAGGAUCAAGACUUUUGAUGCCAACACUGGGAACCACGACGUGGCCUCUGGAUCCACCAUCCUGGCGCUGAAGCAGGAGGACGAGGUGUGGCUGCAAAUCUUUUACUCAGAGCAAAAUGGGCUCUUUUAUGAUCCCUACUGGACAGACAGCUUAUUUACUGGGUUCUUGAUUUAUCCUGAUCAAGAUUAUCUCAAUGAAGUGUAGCAUGAGAAACUAUGGGGGAAAAGAGGAAAUGGGAUUCAAUCCAAAAGUGUGGCCUUACAUGGGGCAUGUCUGGGAUUAUCAGAUGAUUCCAUAUUUGCCUAUGGGAUUAUCAGUUGAUUGCACCCUGUAUGGGCUAUUUAGACCUUUCCUUGAUGCCAUCAGGCCCACAGGGCUUCCAGGCUUUCAGCAGCCUCGUGAAUGUCUCCAUCCCAAAGCCACCCGUUAUAUAUUCCAUGAUUAUUCCAACACACCAUGGACAUGUAACUCAAAUACUGGUGCAGAAUGCUUUGGCUAUUGCAUUGUUAUAAUAAAACAUGGAAACCAACAGAAAUUUCCUGGAGCUGAGCUGGGAAGUGCCAUUGAUACUGGAGAUUGUCACUGGGCCUCCUCCCCUACAUCCCAGCACAACCCUUGUUAAUGGAAUGAGGCUUUGCCAGCCACUUCAGAGGCAGGAAUUUGUCAGCUGGAGUUGUAAAAGUCCCUCCCAGCCCCAUCAAGGCAGUUCUAACAGCAAAAGCAUCUGGUCUGCAAAGGAAGUGAUUAAAAGGUCUUGUUUUUAAGGUUCAGGGCUCCUCUCAGGGCACAAAGUGGUGCUCUGAGCACCACUGGUGUCCCUCAGAGCACAGAAUAAGAAUCACAGAAGGGUUUAAAUCUCAUCUUGUUCCACUCCUGUCAGAUACUUAGGGAAGCAUUAACAUGAGGAUGUUUGUAAUACCAAGAAAGAGACAAAGACAGAAGUUUAUUUUAUUUAUUUUAUUGUUGGCUUUCAGUGCAUUAGAAGAGACUGGCCUUGCUGCCUUAGGCAAUCUUUUUGCUGGUCCUUUUGUAGACUACACCAGAAGAAGUAGAAAUCUGGAACAAAGAACAAACCAAAACUUUGGCUGAGCAGUGUAAUCAGAGCUCCAGAGUCCCAGGGCAACAGCCCUGGGGAUGGCUCAGAGCCUGUGCUUCACUUAAGAUUUUCUUCUAAACUUUAAAUUUUGAGGAUUUUCUUUGUUUUUAUGAACUGCCCUGGAUCUUUGAGCACUCACCUCUACCAGCUUCCCCCCAGAGAUCUCUGCAGUGUGGCGGUAGUUGGGGAAAUCAGCUACAAGUUUCCCAUCUUCCAUUUUGACAGUUGCCUGUAAGAGAGAAAGGGUUCAUGUUGCUGGGGUUGCUGGAAUUUCUGUCACCAGAUUCUGUAAACACCAGAUGCUGGAAGUUUAUGAGGCAGAGGCUGUGUGUGGCACAGGUGGCCUCAUGCACUAAAAUCCGUGGGCUUUAAUUCUUGAAUGUUCACAAUUGAAACAGACAUUUGUUCAAUUUCCAAUUCCUGCAGGUUCUAGAUCUCUGCAUCACUCAUUAACACCUCUGAAAACAGUCCUGGCAGGCAGCCCAGGAAUCAGUGAUGAUGGAAUCAGGGAAUCCCAGGAUGGUCUGGGUUGGAAAGGGCCUUAGAGCCCCUCGUGUUCCACCCCCUGUCAUGAAUGGACACCUUCAAUAGGUUUGCUUCUCACCCUAAAUCCAAACCCAGCUGAGACUGGGGAGCUGAAGAGCUCCAUGGAUUUACCUUGAACUUCUUUCCUCCCAUGGUCUCCAUGUCUGCCUCGGUGCCCACGGUGAAGCUGUUGGUGGUGGUGCGGCCGCCUGGGAAGUGCUGUGUCCAGGUGAAGUCAUUCCCAUUCUGCACCACCUCAGUCACAAUCUUGCAGUUCCUUCCCAUUUCAGCCUUGUCACUGGGGAGACCUUAAACAAUGACAACACAGAGUUUAUCAAAUCUAAGCUGAAUUUGAACUGAAGGAUGGUAGUGGUGUGUUUGCUCUCAGAGCAUCCGGUUUGUUGUUCAUUUCCUAUGUUUAACUUUUUUACAACAUCAAAGCUCUGAGUUGGAAUUACUGAUGUAAAGAAAUAUAUUGCUACGUUAAUGCAUUUGCUAAAAUAAAUCUUGUAUUCUAUUCCCGAAAAAGCAAUACAUAGGAAAAAAGUACAGAGUACGUAAAAUAUUCCCUUCUCCUUAACCUACA